UGUAAGUAUAAACAGUGCAAUUGACCUAAAAUGUGUAUAUAAGUUCUCUGGCGCAUCUAAUCGCAGGAUAACAAGAACCACAAACCCGAAGAUAUUCCACCUCAAGAAGUGAGAUGCCUCAGAUCAACGGCCAAGAAGUCGGUCCCAUAGGCUUCGGCCUCAUGGGACUCACCUGGCGCGCCACCCCGCCGCCGGAGGAGCAAGCCUUCGCGGCGAUGCGCGCCGCCCUGGACAACGGGUGCAACUUCUGGAACGGCGGCGAGAUCUACGGCACGCCGUCGUACAACUCGCUCGUUCUGCUCGAGCGCUACUUCGCCCAGUACCCAGAGGACGCCGACAAGGUGGUGCUCAGCGUCAAAGGCGCCGCCGGUCCGGCAGGCCCAGACGGGUCGCCCGAGGGCAUCCGGCGGAGUAUCGACAACGUCCUGGCGCAGCUGGGCGGGCGCAAGCGUCUCGACAUCUUCGAGUGCGCCCGCCGCGACCCCGGGGUGCCGAUGCAGGACACCUUCGCCGCCAUGCAGGAGUACGUCGACAGGGGCCAGCUGGGCGGCAUCAGCCUGAGCGAGGUCUCGGCCGCGACCAUCCACGAGGCCGUCAAGGUUGCCAAGAUCGUCGCCGUCGAGGUCGAGCUGAGCCUGUGGGCUACCGACGUGCUUACCAACGGCGUCGCCGCCGCCUGCGCGCAGUACAAUAUCCCGCUGGUUGCCUACUCACCUAUUGGCCGAGGCAUGCUGACCGGCCAGAUCAAGUCGAUCGACGACAUCCCCAAGGACGACGCUCGGAGACACUUCCCCCGCUUCUUCCCAGAGAACUUCGACAUCAACCUGCAGCUUAUGAAGCAGGUGGAGCAGCUGGCCCAGAAGAAGGGCUGCACACCAGCACAGCUGGCCAUCUCCUGGACCAAGUCCUUGUCCAAACGCCCCGGCAUGCCGGUCAUCAUCCCCAUCCCGGGGGCGACGACUGCCGAGCGGGUGAACGAGAAUUCAAAAGCCGUGGAGCUGAGCAUCGCCGAGCUGGACGAGAUCGACACCACCCUGGCGGGAUUCGAGGUCCAGGGAGCGCGGUAUCCCCCGUAUAUCCCGAUGGACACCUAAGUCCCUGCCUGCUCAUGUUUUCUGAUCGUCGACAUCUGUGUUGAGGAGCUGGGUUUUCUGUGGGAGCAAUGUCAGCUAUCUGCUCGAGGAGUUCAAAAUAUAAAGCAAUCCUCUCUCUCUCGCGCGCCUUUAACAGGGUAUCAGAACGUAAUAAAAGUGAUUUUUCAACAAGUGGCUUCAGACGAAGCUUUCAGAUUUGCAGACUUCACAGGUUGUUCAUCAUGUAAACGGGGCAGAUACUUUUGGAACAGGACUUACCAUUAGCAAAG